ACUACAGUGCAAGCAAAAAGACACUGGUUUGUCCUUCAAGUAUAUCUGUUGUCAUAUAUCUGCUGAACGGACGAUAGUAGAAUACAGAAUGAACACAACAUACAAAACUUCCUCCGGACAAAUAUGUGAAAGAUGUCCUCCAGGAACAUUUAAAAAAUCAGACUGCACAGCAACAUCCAAGACAGAAUGCCAAGACUGCAUAGGUGGAGAAUAUAUGGACCACAUUAACUAUGUCACUAAAUGCCUUGCCUGUGAAUCAUGUGAUGGACGGUACAUUGAGGUAGAGUCCCACUGUACCAAAUCAAAAAAUACUAAAUGCAGAUGCAAACGUGGUUACUACUGUAGUCACAGGGAUGGAGAAAAGUGUGACUUCUGCCAGAAGAUAUCUACUUGUGGUCCAGGGUUUGGCAUCAGAGUGGAAGCUACACAGUUAACAGAUACAAUAUGUGAACCCUGCCCUGAUGGAACAUUUUCAAACAUUACUGAUGCCUCCUCCUUAUGUCAAAGACAUGCAGAUUGUUCAGAGUUUCAUCAAAAGAUCAUGACUGCAGGAACGAACAGGACAGACAACAUUUGUGGCCCAAUUUCCUAUGAUGGUGAUGCAUCUGGUAUGUUCACUAGGUAUUUGCUUGGCAUCCUUGCGGGCCUUACUGUCAUCACAAUAUUGGUCAUCAUACAGACUGUACGCCACAAAAGAAAAAAGAGAGGAAAAGAACUGAAACAAAGCCAGUAUAAUGCAGAGUCAUUGGACGAGUUGCUGUGCCUGAAGUUGUUACAGACAGAGAAGGAAAAGAUCGAAAUGAUCCAUGAUCACCCAGACUCAAACAAAAUGUCAGGGAUUCCAGGGUUCUGCAGAAAGAAUAAUCAGGAAAUAUCUGACCAGACUGCAACAGAAGGAAGUGAAGGAAAUAUUUCUGUCUGGACAGUGAGCUCCAAGUUGUCAGAUGACAGUGUGACCUACCAUGAACUGGGACAGCUGGUACCAUGCCUGUAUGCAGAGAUUACAAAGAAAGAUAAAUACACCGAGGACAAAAGUACUAGCAAGCUUCUGACCCCAGUGUAUGAAAACACUAAGGAUUUGCAAAGAUUUCAGAACAUGGGCUGUUUAUCAAUUCAAGAAGGAAUUGAAGAUGCCCCACCAUUACCUUUAAAGCACACCUCAUUAUUGAGUCCAGGAAGAAGGAGCACUCAUGUUGGUAGAGUUACUAAUACGAUUAAGAGCAGAAAAGUCCAUGAUAUGAGUGAGACAGACUUCAGUACUCAUCUUGAGACAGAUGGUGCACAAACAACAGAUAAUGAGGUCCAGUGCAUGCAUAAUCCUGAAAGUUGCCUACCUACCAUCACUGCCUCGGACAAGUUCAACAAUCUUCUGGCUGGCAGAGACACCAACAGACCUCCAAAAAUAUUAAUUUCUCCCCCAGAGACAUGUUUCAGUUGCUCAGAAAGUGAUAUCACAACAGACAGUGGAAGUGAGGUGGAGUUACUGAAGCCUCUACCCCCACGCAGGUACAGACAGGGGGUUCACAGACCUAUCCCAGUCCCUAAGAGACACAGUAAUAGCUCCUCUGACUCUAGCCUGCAGCCCGAGGAGGAUGAAUGGACUGGCUAGCCAACCUGAUAGUUAACUGUCUUAGGUCAUUAGUAAUUGACUGAUGAUCUGGCUGUCCUUGACCAUCUGACUGUAUCACCUUGUCUUACUUCAGAAAGACUAUGCUUGCCAUAGUAACUUGCAGUUUGAUCAGAGUGAAGAUCGUCUAAGUCAGUUGAUUUACUGGAAAUAAUAAAAAGACAUAAGGACUUGCUUUCCAGGGCUUACAAUACUCUAGUGAGAUAUACAAAGCAUUUCACUAACUGAAAAAUAAAAACUACUCUCUGUCUUGAUAUGUGCAACUUCUUCAAGAAGUUGUACUCUUGAAUUUCAGUUUCAAAUUCAAGAUGCACUCUUAAAUUUCAAUGCAGAUUUAUUGGCCUUAGAGUCACUUUUGGUUUAAGUUAUAUAACUAGCAAUAGUCAUGCAGUGGCACAUUUGGAGAAUUGUUAGAAACCUGUAAUUUCUUCUUUCAAGGUGUCCUUUACCAUGCCAAAUUUCUGUACAUCUAUCAUGUAUGUUGGCCUGUUCAGACAUUUAUUAUGACAACAACAUUUUCUCAGUACUUUUAUGUGGGGAAAUGUCCACAGAUAUGCAUAAUUCCUGCAAUUGUGGUAAACUUGUAGUUUUAAACGGGAUUUCCUAGUUUUCUUACUUGUGUUCCAACCUACUUUCUGUAUAAUACAGUUACUUUCCUUCACAGAAGAGUAACUGUUGUAACAUAAAUGUACAUAUGUAAAGAAAAAAAUAAAGUCUGUGUAUAUAGUUUAGCAUUUUAAAUUACAUAUAUUUUUGCUAUUUAGAUUUCAGGUUUUAAUAAAAAAUUGCACUUUUCUGAAAGUUGAUGUUUCCUGGUUAAAUGUCUUCUUCAUGCAAUACUCUUGUGCUAAGAAUUGUGAGAAAAACAUAAAUGAUGCAACCAAGGUAACCUGC